AUGUCGAUCAUUAACGUCGAGAACGCGCAUGCGUCAACCAAGCUCCUCGCGGCGACCACGUUGAGGAACGUGCUGGGAACCAAAGCACUCUCGGACAUUCUCAGCGAACGCGAGAGUAUCGCCAACCAGAUGCAGUCGAUCCUGGACCAUGCGACGGACCCUUGGGGAGUGAAGGUCGAGAGAGUCGAAGUGAAGGACGUCCGACUUCCAGUUCAAAUGCAGAGGGCCAUGGCGGCUGAAGCGGAAGCAAAUAGGGACGCCAGGGCUAAGGUGAUCUUGGCAGACGGAGAGAUGAAGGCCUCCCGCUCCCUGAAGGAAGCCGCCGACAUCAUGAGCCAGUCGCCGGCCGCCAUGCAGAUCCGGUACCUGCAGACGCUCAACUCGAUCGCCGCCGAGAGGAACUCGACCAUCAUUUUCCCGCUGCCCAUCGAUAUGCUUGGCGGCCUGAUGAAGAAAUAA